UGUGAGCCACCAUGUGGUUGCUGGGAACUGAACUCAGGACCUCUGGAAGAGCAGUCAGUGCUCUAACCACUGAGCCAUCUCUCCAGCCCCCACUCAUUUUCUAAACACAGACUGAGCAUGUGCUGUGCGUUAAUCUUGUUCCAGUUACUAGAGACACAACAGAGCACACCAGGUCCCCACCUGUCUUUGCGAGGGUUUCAUUGCUGUGAAGAGAUACCAUGACCGUGGCAACUCUUGUUUCUUCUUCUUUUUUUUUUUUUUUUUUUUUUUGUUUUUGUUUUUGUUUUUUUUUUUUGAGACAAGGUUUCUGUGUGUACAGACCUGACCGUCCUGGAACUUACUUUGUAGACCAGGCUGGCUUUAGAUUCACAGAGAUCCUCCUGUCUCUGCCUCCCAAGUGCUGGGAUUAAAGGUGUGUACCACCACACCCUGCUCAUGGCAACUCAUAAAUACAAACAUUUCACUGGGACUGGCUUACAGUUCAAGGGGUUUAGUCCUUUAUCAUCAUGGUGGGAAGUAGGGCAGUGUCCAUGUAGACAUGGUGCUGGAGAAAGAGCUAGCUGAGAGUUCUACAUCUCGAACGACAGCAGCAGCAGGAGACUGUGAGCCACACUUCCUCUAACAAGCCUCCAAUAAGGUCACACCUAAUAGUAACACUCCCUAUGGGUCAAACAUUCAAACCCAGGAGUCUAUGGGGGCCCUUCCUACUCUAACCACCACACCACCCUGGUGAUGUGUCAUGGUGGAGGGGGGGGGGCAAGCAAUAAAGUGUAAUAAUCAACCAAGCAAAAAGAAGUCUUUUGGGUUUUGGUCCGUUUAAUUUCCCCCCCGGUGCUGGAGAUGAAGCCCAGCAUGUCAUGAAUGUUGGGAAGUAUAUCUCUAGCUUAGGCCUAGAGCUUUACACAUUCCUGCAGAAUGGAACAAGGGAGCAGAGUGAGAAGCUUGGGCAGGACAAAGGUAGGGGAGUAUCAGGAAUUCACUGGCAAAGUGAAAUCCCAACUCUUAAAAAUGUGCACCUGAGGGCUGGAGCGAUGGCUCAGUGGUUACGGGGGCUGGCUGCUCUUGUGCAGGACCUGGGUUUCAGUUCCCAGCAUCCACAUGGUAGCUCCCAACCAUUUUUAACUCCAGUUUCUAGGGAUCCAAUUCUCUUUUCUAGCACCCGUGUGGUGUACAUAUAUACGUUCAGCUAACCGCUCAAAGUAAAUGCAUCUUUUUUGAAAAUGUACUUAAGGGUGUUGGCUUGAAAUUGACACUUCCCUUGGGGUCUGAACAAGUCUCUUACUACGUUUUUACCUGUAAAAAAGAUCUUCCCGGGGUAGUGCUCUCCUAGAGAGCCAGGGUUUAAUUCCUGGCACCCACAUGAUAGCUCACAACUGUCUGUAACAAUAGUUCCAGGGGAUCUGAUACCAACUUCCAGCCUCCUGGGAGCCAGGCAUGGAAGUGAUACACAGACGUGCAUGCAGGCAAAAUAUCUAUAUACAUAAAGCAAAAUCAGAAUUAAUAAAAAAGAAAAGAAAAGACCUAGCUGGGUGGGCUGCUAUGUCUUGCUUUCUUUUUCUUUUUUUUUUUCUUUUUUUUUUUUUUUCUAUUUUUCGGAGCUGGGGACCGAACCCAGGGCCUUGCGUUUGCUAGGCAAGCGCUCUACCACUGAGCUAAAUCCCCAACCCCAUGUCUUGCUUUCUUAACACAUGGGAAACAGACCUGCAGGCAGGAUUUGAAUGGUAGGGAGAGGCAGAAGGUAUUAUAGCUCCAGGAACAUCCCCUCCACUCACCCUCCCCUCUCUCCCCUUCCCCUCCCCUCCCCUUUCCCCUCUCCUCCCCUUUCCUCUCCCCUUCCCUUCCCCCUUCCCUUCCCUCCCCUUCCCUUCCCCCUCCCCUUCCCCACUCCUUCCCUUCCCUUCCCUUCCCCUUCUCCUCUCCUCGCCCCUCCCCUCCCCUCCCCUCUCCAGCGCUGAAGCCCCAGCUCACUCUUCAGGCCUAGGCACUGGAUAUUUAUCUUGGCCACUACUGAUGUUAAUGAGUUACUGGGAGCCUAGCUCUGGAGCAAAGGUCUGGGUGGGCAAAUGGAGCCACUUUUCUGCCAGUCACUACCUCCUCCUGGGGAGCAGCCCAAUCCAUUCUGAGCAGAGGCCAUACCCUUCAGUGCCCCACUUGAGGGGCUGGUUUUCAAAUGCUCUGAUCUGUCCUCAUGAGUUUAGAAGCUCUUUAACUGGGGCUGGAGAGAUGACUCAGUGGUUAAGAGCACUGGCUGCUCUUCCAGAGGUCCUGAGUUCAAUUCCCAGCAGCCACAUGGUGGCUCACAACCAUCUGUAAUGGGAUCUGAUGCCCUCUCCUGGUGUGUCUGAGGACAGCUACAGUGUACUUACAUAUAGAAUAAAUAAAUCUUAAAAACAAACAAACACCUGGCUCCAAGCAAACUUGAAAGAAAGAAAGAAAGGAAGGAAGAAAGAAAGAAAUGUUGUCUCCCUGGAAGGUCUGUGAAAAGCUCUCAGGGAGAACUUUCCCUCGGGAUGGAGACCCUCCAACUCAAUGACCAGACCGAGGCCACAGGAUGCAAUCAGCAAGAGGAUUUGGUUUAUUGUCGGGAUACACAGGCACCUGUGGGCGCUUCAGUCACUCGGGGGACUGGCGCGCCCCACGGAACCAAGGAUGGGCUUUUUAUAGGAUUCUGGGGAGCAGAAGCAAGCAUACAGAAGCAGAUGCAUGGUUACAGGGAUAUAAUUGGUGGAUUCUAAUGUGGCAAGGGUUUAGCCCGGGGGCAAGUUUCCUAGCUACCUUCCUGAAACAUAACGACUGACUCGGCCCCCCAAGGGUUCAGCCCGGGGGCAAGUUUCUUAGUUACCUUCUUGGAACAUAACGGCUGACUCGGCCCCCCACCAGGGUGUGGGACCUCUCCCGGGGCUUUUCUCCUUGUCAGGUGCUCAACCGCAGUCGUCCUGUUGCCAGGCCUUCAACCAUACACAUCCUGCUUGGCAGCCGCUGUGUACUCAGUGUUCUAACCUUUCCCUGAACCAGUCAUCUUAAGUACAGCCUUGCAAAAUGGCGUUACUGCUGCUAAGCUGGGGUCUUUCAGUCUGCACUUGGUGUUACGUGAGAGCUUGCAGCUCCACUCAUGUUGGACCUAAGAGAUGCCUGGGAAACCUAGAGUUCUUACUUUUGAUUAUGGCUAAGCCAUGGUCAAAGGGGACUGGGAUUUGUGUGGGGCGUCAACUCUCAUGAGCAACAAAAGACAAGAUAACUUGCAGCUGGGGCUUUCCCAGCUCUAAAUAACCUUAUAUGGUGUUUGAGUGGCUAAAGUAACUGGAGGGAGAUAGCUGGGUGUCAGUCUUUUCCAAGAAGGUAGAACCCCCCUCUUCUCUUUCAGAAAAUGAAGGCUUAGCAUCUUGGUGAGCCUCUUUCUUUACUGCAGCACCGAUGACCUGCAUCAAUCAAUAGUUUGGUUUGGUUUGGUUUGAGACAGGGUUUCUCUGUGUUACCCUGGCUGUUCUAGAACUCGCUUUGUAGACCAGGCUGCCCUCCCAACUUCUGCCUGCCUCUGCCUCCCAAAUGCUGGGAUUUAAGGAGUGCACCACCACUGCUCAGCUGGUUACUUUUUUUUUUUUUUUUUUUGGUUCUUUUUUUCGGAGCUGGGGACUGAACCCAGGGCCUUGCGCUUCCUAGGCAAGCGCUCUACCACUGAGCUAAAUCCCCAGCCCCUUUCUGUAGUUUUAAUUGUCUGCUUAGCAAUUGGUCAGAAAAUCUGAAAUGGGAAAUUCCAGAACUAGAGCACAUUCACAGACAUUUCGUUAUAGAGUAAUUGUUUUAAACUUUUUAAUAAAUAUAUGCAUAUAAAAAUAUAAUAUGUGCUAUAUGAAACACUUGGGGAGAAUGACUCUGCCAUAAAACUUCACCAAGGCAUGAACAGAGAGUUUACUGACAAACACUGCAAGAAAGCAGGAGUUCCCUGAGAGGGAAGUCACGCCUCUGAAAAGGAAUAGUUAAGGGGGAUAUUACUUGGUUUUCCCACUGUGAGAUUCUUAGGGUCAUAUUUGAGGGAGCACAUGGGCCUCCCAUUAUUCUGCUUAAGUCAAUCUUAUGAGCUGGUUGUUGAUGUGAGGUGCUGUGAGUCGUUAGGGGUUAGUUCCAGGUGCCUGGAUGAGACAAAGGAUCUGGGCUGGAGAGAUGGCUCAGCGGUUAAGAGCACUGGCUGCUCUUCCAGAGGUCCUGAGUUCAAAUCCCAGCUACCACAUGGUGGCUCACAACCAUCUGUGAUGGGAUCUGAUGCCCUCUUCUGGUGUGUCUGAAGACAGCGACAGUGUAUUCAAAUAUAUACAAAUAAAUAAAACUUAAAAAGAAAGGAAAGAAUAGUGCACACCUUUAAUUCAACACUGGAGCGUUAGAGGCAGGUGAAUCUCAGAGCUUGAGGCCAUCCUGGACUACAGAGUGAGUUCCAGGAUAGCCAGGGCUACCCAGAGAAACCCUGCCUUGAAAAACCAAAUCAAACCUAAACACAAAAAGGUAUCAUGGGUCAGGCCAGGUUGCUAAAGUGUGGCUUUUGCUUUUACGUUUGGCCUUUGUUUCCUGUGAGUAGGGUAGUCUGGGGGUGGUGAUGUUGCAAGGCAAGGAUCUAACUGUACAUUUUGUAGUAAGUUCUGGAGAUUGUACCAAAGUUUGGUAUUUGUUGACUCUGCUGAGAUCCGGUAGAAGGCUUUUGAAUUGACGGUAUCAAGGACCCGGUGAGCUGUAAGUGGUCAUACUCUAUUCCAGGGUUAAUUUAGAGGCCUUUCCAGCCAGAAGAGCCACAUCUGUCCCAUGGCACAGGGACCAGUGACUUGGAAGGGUAAAUGACUGGGCAAAUGGCUGGGCUCUCAGAGAGGCCCAGGAUUUGAAUUCAGAAUUCUCAGUUGUGUUCUCCUUUCUCCAUGUACAUGCAGAGACAAGAGCUGGGUGAGGCAGGGAAAGCUGCUGGUGCUACAGAGCUUCUGUAGCACUGGAGGGGAAUAGGAAGAAGGAACUUGGAAAAUGAUAUCACAGGAUCCAGAAAGGCAAAAGAAAGAGUCGUGGCUACUCAUGAGAGUAGAGGGAUAGCCUGUCUUAGGAGGUCCAAGGGUCCUAUGUAGUAGGCAUCAGGCAAGGUGAGUUUGGGGGUUAACUGUCCUAGCAGCAGACUGCAGUUGUGUGUCCAGAGGUGCUGGAGAGAGGUGGCAGGCACGGCUUCCUCUCCUGGCCUCCUAGGCCCUACAAGGGUUCCAGAUGCAGGUUGGGCGGCUGGGAUCUCCCGAGGACACUGUGUGCCCAGACGAUGCCGUUUCACUCUCUGUAGCUGCCGCGGGAUUCCAUGGCCCCGUUUCCAGAAAUAUUCUAUUCCAAGGACAGUGAAGGCAGCUGGUUCCGCUCCCUCUUUGUUCACAAGGUGGAUCCUCGGAAGGACGCCCACUCCACUCUGCUGUCCAAGAAGGAGACUAGUAAUCUCUACAAGAUCCAGUUUCACAACGUGAAGCCCGAAUGUCUGGAUGCCUACAACAGUCUGACGGAGGCUGUGCUGCCCAAGCUGCACCUGGAUGAGGACUACCCCUGCUCGCUUGUGGGCAACUGGAACACGUGGUACGGGGAGCAGGACCAGGCAGUACACCUAUGGCGGUUCUCAGGUGGCUAUCCGGCCCUCAUGGACUGCAUGAACAAGCUAAAAACCAACAAGGAGUACCUAGAGUUCCGGAAGGAGCGGAGCAAGAUGCUGCUGUCCAGGAGAAACCAGUUGCUUCUGGAAUUCAGCUUCUGGAAUGAGCCACAGCCCCGAGCUGGCCCCAACAUCUAUGAGCUGAGAACAUACAAGCUCAAGCCGGGAACCAUGAUCGAGUGGGGAAACAACUGGGCUCGGGCCAUCAAGUACCGUCAGGAGAACCAGGAGGCGGUGGGAGGCUUCUUUUCACAAAUAGGAGAGCUCUACGUGGUACACCACUUAUGGGCCUACAAAGAUCUGCAGUCUCGGGAGGAGACUCGAAAUGCGGCCUGGAGAAAGAGGGGCUGGGAUGAAAAUGUGUACUAUACAGUCCCUUUGGUUCGACACAUGGAGUCACGAAUCAUGAUCCCCCUGAAGAUUUCUCCUCUCCAGUGAGGCUGGCACUGCCUCCACCUCCUUCCCUUUCUCCUUUGGAGUAACCUGGAACAGAAGAGCUUCUGGGCCGGCUGGCAGAGUUUUUCUCUCAACUCUGGAAGACUUCUGAUGGGUGGUGUUUGGCUUAGAAAAAGAUGACGUUUUUUGAGAACUUAGUCUGUCUAUCCCCAUCCAACCUCUCUCCCAUGCUGGAUGAAGUUUUUAAUGCCCCUAACUGCAGAAUAGCAACCUUUCCAGCAUUCACACAUUUUCCUCUUAAGAUUCGUUAUGUCCAGGACAGCACGUCCCCAGCUAACACUGUGGCCAUGGCUAGCUGUUAGGAGGUGUGGUGUGAAAGGAUAUCAGACUAGGUAUGGCCCAGGAACUCUCUGGUAUCUUAUUUGUUAAAAAAUCAGCAAGCCUGAGCCUUUAAAAAAAAAAAACAAGCAAACAAACAACAACAACAACAAUAACAAAAACCCCUGGAACUGCCAUAAACUCUGAAGUCAUCGAAGUCAGGAGGAGAUCCAGAAUCCUACUUAAAGGGCUGGGAAAAGGAUAGGAAUGGGAAGGGUUUGGGUACAUGAGACAGGCUUGACGCAGGAAUCCUUCAGAAGUGGGCACAUAGGAUUCAGAAUUUGAAACGCAGAAUUAGGAAGCUAGCACAGAGUGACAGAGGAUCUUAAGGGAGGACCCUGUUCCUAGACAGGUGGAGAGGCUUAGCCGUGUUUUCCACACAGCGCGGUUAGAACUUGCAUAUGCCCCAGCUCUUCUGCACAUCUUCCUUCCUACAGGCAAAAAUACAGGCUGAGACCUAGAGUCCCAUCUUGAAUUCUUUCUUUCCCAACUUGACAUCCUGUCAGCCAAACCUUCAUUUUGCAGAACCAGUAGGCCUGUGGAGUGGGUUCAGUGAUUCUGGGGUCUCUUCAAUGACCCCUCCCAUACCUCAUGAACCCCCUGCUUAGCAUGGUUUUGCUACCAUACCAGGAGAAUGUACUGGAAUAGUUGAUGGAACCAAAUUAAAUAUUUACUGUAAA